UCUUCUGUUCUUUUCCUGCACUAGUCGAGUUCCCUUGUCUUUUUCUCUCUACUGUCUUCUUUCUGUCAAUUUGAUUUCUCAAUCUCUGCUAUUCUUUUUCCCUUUACUAAUUCGGGUCUGGGUCUCUCUCUCUCUUUGUGUCAUCUUCUUUGUGUAAUUUAUCCUCAUCCUGUUUCUUUUUGGACCCUGUAGAUGUAUUUCCCGUACAGUCGUCCUACUCUCUCUGGCUGUCCCCAUUCAUUGCUAUUUCAGUGUCAAUUUCAUUGUCUCCAGAGCAGCGGACAGUCACGUGGCACAACACAGGAUGCUCGCUGUGCGGGAGUCAGGCUCCAGAUCUCUUGUACUUGCUGCCAACCUCUCUCCUGUAACUACUAUCCAUGACCCUCCUCUGCCAUCAUUAACCUGUGGCCUGGGAUCCAGUGUUUAUUCUAGCCGUCAGAGAUGAUGCAGGGUUUGCAGCAGCAUUCCAGCCAGCAGCCGAGACCCCUGUCACCUCGAGAUUCUGGCCUCACAGUGAACUCGGGACCUCUGGCUCAGAAACAAGGCAGCUCACCUAAUGAACCACAAUGCAAUGCCUUCCCAUUGUUGCCAUUCAGGUGCAGUAGCAAAAUAGUAAGAAUGUCAUUGCCGUGCACACCUUUGACUGCAAGUGGGAGAAUCAGUGGGACGCCAAGAACUUUCACGUCAACGCCAUUAUUACUUCCGAAAGUGAGUCAGGCUGUCAUCCCACUUUCGGUCAAUCAGUGUGGCCAACGCAUUAAUCCUCUACAUCCACCAGGGGUGAAGCGACGGACAGUCAGCCUAGAAACCUUUGCAGCUCAUCACCAUAAUCAACAAAGGGCUGUGGUGAUGCAACAGAAGGAGUAUAACAGGUAUCACCAGAGUUGGCAGCGUCCAUUUUAUGGAUCUGUAGCUGAGAAGGAGGAAUAUAGGCGUGAGAUCAGGCAGCUGCUAAAACGGCAGAUGAGCCAGCAGUGGGAGUCUCAGCGCUAUGCCCUGUUCAAUCGGGCCAAAGAGGGAGAGGCAGCACGUGAGGCAGAAAGGCAAGCAACCCUUCAGGAUCUGGAAAAGCAGAGCGCACGCUCCCGUUUUCUUCGAGCAUUCCGGGAUGAAAACAAAAAGCUGAUGGAAAUUCAGUGGAAGGAGAAGAGAUUAGCAAAAUCCCUGGAUUCUCUACGAGAGCGUGAGCUGCUGCAAUACAACCCAAUCAACUGGAGCUGUACACUGAAAUAGAUUUUCAGCCCUCAAUUUAACUGUGUCACUCACAACAAAAAAAAAGACACAAGUUGUGAUGUUUUCUCAAUAAAGAUUAAUUUUAAACA